AUGUCACUGUCACAGAUCCUUCAAAAGGGUCGUGUUGCAGUGAAUUGUGGUAUUUUAGGUGUAAGAAUAUCUAGAAAAUACAUUUAUACCCAUAAAAUGAGUGAGAAACCAGCAGAUCAUACAACUAGCAAUGGCUUUGAGAGCAAAACACCGUUCCUAAUAGGAGUAGCAGGCGGUACAGCUAGUGGAAAGUCAACAGUAUGCCAAAGAAUCAUGGAGAAGCUUGGACAACAGCAAAAAGAACAGACUGAGAGGCGAGUAGUCUGCAUCAGCCAGGACUCCUUCUACAGAACACUAAAGCCAUCAGAGAGGCUGAGAGCUGAACGUGGACAGUUCAACUUCGAUCACCCGGAUGCAUUUGACGACAAAAAGCUUUUGUCAAUACUGAAAGACAUACUCGCUGGAAAGAAAGUUGAAGUACCUGAAUAUGACUACAUUUCAAAUUCUAUAAGCCAUCGUUCACAUACCAUUUACCCAGCGGAUGUGGUACUUAUCGAAGGAAUCCUGGUGUUCUACUUUCCGGAAGUCAGGGAACUUUUCCACAUGAAGCUAUUCGUUGACACUGAUUCGGACACCAGGCUUGCAAGACGAGUGCCCCGUGACAUCAUGGAGCGCGGUCGUGACCUUGAACAAGUUCUCAACCAAUAUAUGAACUUCGUCAAGCCGGCCUUCGAGGAGUUCUGUCUUCCGACAAAGAAAUUUGCUGAUGUCAUCAUUCCUCGCGGUGCUGAUAAUUUUGUGGCUAUUGAUCUUAUCGUGCAUCAUAUAUGGGAUAUUAUGUAUAAGAAGCGUCCCGAGUUAAACGGGUGUAAUGGACACUUGGAGGUGGAUGAAGCGAAUGGAAGGAGGAUGUCCGGCAGUUCUGAAGAUACUCUGAGUCGAUAGUCUUGAUGUAAAUUGAUUAAAUAUUUGACAAUCAGCAGAAAAAUAUCCAAAAUUGACUGUGGGGGUAUUUUGUCUAACACAAUGAUUCUUUUUUAAUGGAUAAUAUAAUGUGUAUAUGUGUUAUUUACAAUGGUAAAUACAUAUUUAAGUUUAAAGCCAAAAUCAUUUCUACUCUGAUCGGUACGUAUGAUUGACCAUUCGGGUAUUCAAAAUAAUUAUAAGUAAAUAUAUAGUAUUAAUUUGUUUUAAUUUAAUAAGUAUGUAAAUUUAAUAUAAAAAAUGUUAGCAUAAUAAUAUUCUCAAAAAAUAUAUUUGUUACAUUUUUUUUAUAUGUAUAUUAUAGGUAUUAAAUUUUAACUGAUGUAAUUUCUUUUUUGUAUUUAUGUUAAUUUUAUAAUGAAGUGUGUGUAAUGCGGGACUUAUAAAUAUCUAUAAUAGAUAUAACGCAUAUUUUUUUUUUAAAUAUAUACAAAGUUAUUAAUAUAAUAGGCAUAACCUCUCAGGACUUUUACUAUUCAAACAUCAUAAGCAACUUUUGUUCUAUGAUUCAAAACUAUUUGAUUUUCCAAAAAUAAUUUAAAUAAAUCAAUUAAUAUAAUUUCAUUCAACAAAAGAAACGAUAUAUUAAAAACGGGUAAAUAUUGUUUCUAGUACAGCAGAAGUAAUCAGUACUUAUUGUAUGAAGCAAACUUAUGUAUGAGAUGAUGAGUAUGAAUGGCUUUAUAUAUAAAUGUUGUUUAGAGUGGUUACUUAAAUAAUCCUGUGUCUUCUUCUUUCGAAUGUAAAAUCAAUGAUGAUAGAAAGAGAAUCCAGUAUUUAACUAAACCUUCACUACACAAUGUUUAUUUAUAAGGCUGAGUUUGUUUAUGUGUAAGCCAAUGAUAAUUGUAAAUAUUGUACCUUGAAUGGUCAGUCAUAAACUGUGUAAAAAUGGCAAAAUUAUUUAUAAAUUGACACGAAUUGAAUAAUCAUUCUUCAUUGACCAUAUUAACUAAAUGGUGUUUGUUUUUUUUUUUUAAUUUAUAUUAACUAUUUUCGGUCGAAUGCAUUUACAAUAUUUUUACAUUUCUUAAUUUGAAAUAAACAUUUCUCAUUACUAACAACAUAUAUUAAUUUCAAGUGAUGAAAAAUGGUAAAUACAUAUUAUUCAUUUGUGAUCUUUGAAGAUAACCUAAUGUUGGAUGCUACAAAAAAAACCUAUUAUUUUGAAUGCUCCAAAUACUAUCAAAGGUCUGGCACAGUCUUAACAAAAUUAAUAAGUAUCCAUUUUGCACAAAUGUUUAAACACAAAACACUAAAUAAAUAUAACAGCUAUAUUAAAAGAUUAUUAAUUCCAUAGACAAAUGUGUAUUUGUUUGUAUAUAGUCAUAGACUAUAAAUAAUUUGAUGUAAACAAAUAAUAUGGAAGCAAGCUUUCAAAUGUUCUCAACUCAAUAAUUAAAUGUUUAAUACAUAUAUUGUAUUAUAAUACAAAAGAAUGACAUCUAAAUAAAAGUCAAACGCUAUAAAAUAACUAUUUUUUAAUAAAUGUAUGUAAAAUGUAAUUGGAACUUAUAUUCUGUAAUACACAAUGUCUAAACUAGAUUAUAACAAAAAUAAAAUUUGAUUUCAUGAGAAUUUUUUAUAUAGCUUUCGUGCAACUAAUGACCGGAAUGCGGAAGGCAAAAAUGGCAGGAAUGCUCGCAAAACUAUAGCAGUAUUCAAUAGUUAAAUGGAAAUUUUCUCUAUACUUUUGGAAAAACAAAUUUUUUUUGGAAGGACAAAUGGGCUAUCUGAUGGUUAAUGGUCACCACCGCGCAGACAUAGGCGCUGUAAGAAAUGUUAAUCGUUCAUUAAAGUGACAAUGCCCCACCAACUUUGAGGUUAUGUCCGUGUUCCUUCGAACUGGAAAACAACAAUACUAAGUACUGCUGCUUGACGGUAGAAUAUGUGAUGAGAAAUAAUGAUAAUAAUAAUGAUAUGAAGAAAGACGGGUUUGCACAAAGCCCUAACAACAAGUAACCACCUGUCACUAUUUUGUAGACAGUAAUACAGUUCAAUUAAUCAAAUAAUUUCAAUGAAAUAAUAUUGCUAUUUCUCUCUUGUGUGUGGAGCAAGAGAGGAAUGGCAAUAAUUUUAGUUCUGACAAAUUAGUUUAGAUCUUGUGUACAGCAGAAACAGCGCCGUUAAAAAUACAAAAUAGUGUAAUGUAUGCCUUGUAUACGCAUCCUUGAAAUCAUAUUUCGGUUUGAUCAUUUCAAAUAAUUGUCUCUCCAAUAAAUAAAAGCUUGUUUACAUUUUCACAUUUUUAAUUAUUAUUGAAGUUAUAACAAUUAAUUGUUGUGACUGAUUGCUAAUAAAAGUGUUCCAUUUUAAUACAAUUUUAUUAUAAGGUGGGGGGGGGGAGGCGGUGUCUAGACAAAGAGCAAUUGACAAUUUUGUCGGGUGACUUUGAACUUUGCUUUCGUCUAUAUUAUUUAAAUCACAAUAAUAAUACGUUAAUGUUUGAUCAUCUGAUAAAUCGAAUGUCUGUCUAUACAUUUAGGCCGUUCUACAAAGGAAGUCGUCAAUCGCUAUGUGACUUUGUCUAGGCCCGCUGGUUAUUUUUUUAGGAAUGGGAUAGAAUUAAUGUUCGAGAAAAUACUUUGUAAUUUAUUAUUAUUAUUAAGUAUUAAUACGGUUAAACUUAUGUUUUUUAUCUAAGAAACUUUGAUAAAAUAAUUUAUUUGAAACCGGAAUAAUUAUUAUUAAUAGUAACACUAUGAACACUUACGGUUCGUUAAGCCGUGAAACUACAUAUGCUAUUCAAAUAUCGAAUUGUGAGUGAACUUCUACUUACUUCUACUACAACUACUGUUGUAUACUAUGACUAUUAUUUUGAACGUUUCAAAUGUGUAUUCGUUUUUUUUUUCCAUUGUAUUAUUCGUUAGUUAGUGUGAUAUAAUUAUACCGUUACAUAAUUAUAAGGCUGAUACAAAUCGUAGAGUAAGGAAAGGUGUUCAGUAAUGUAAUAAACAACUAGUACGAAAUAGAUUCAACGCUAAAAUUUAAAAUUUAUCAUUUAUUCGUCGUCGUUUUUUUAAUUAAAAAUUGAUUUAUCGAAACAGUAGUCCCGUUUAUCCGACUGCAUGGUUUCGGACUCCGUUUAAACAGUAACAAAGUGAAAUGCACAAAAAGUGUUCACCUUAUUUUGCAAAUCGUUUUAAAAUUAUGUCGAUGACACAAAUUUUUGUUACUUUGUCAACCAUAACUGAACAAAGAUUUAACUUAGACGGAUAAACGGUAAAAGAACGCUUACCGGACACACCAAUAAUAUUCAUUUUAUAUAUUUACGUUUGUUUUUUUUUAAUAUUUAUAUUUAUUCUGGCCGGAUUUAGCGAAUAUUCGGACAAUCGGGACUCCUGUAUAAUAAAUUUAAUGAAAUAAUUCCAAUAUGCAUUAUUGGUAUUAUAUAUGCAUUUAUAUAUUUCAUAUAGGUCUUCCAAAGUUGUAUUGGAGUGUAUUAUUAUUAGAAGUUUUAUGUUUAUUAGUUUUCUGAAGUGCAUUUAUACAUUUCUCAAAGAAUAGCACAAAAUUUUUAAAUUCAUAAUGUAUUUGGGAAAAAAAUUUCGAAUGUUGUUUGUGAUUCUAUAAUAAUAUCCAAGUUUUAUUCAUUCUCCAUUAUUAACUAUGGUUAUUUCGUUAUUUUUUUUAUAAUUUUCGGUUUUCAAUUAUAAACAUUUCAUAAACGAUUUUGUAUUUUUCGUAAAAGCAUCAAUUUAUACAGCCAACUACAAAAUGUGUUUUAAUAAUGAAAUCUCAUUAUAAGGAAUUGUAUUGUUUAUAUUACAGUAUGUCUAUUAAUAUACAUUUUUAAUUAUAAUGUUUUCAUUGACACAUUACAAAGAACCUAUUUAGUAAUCUAUGCGAUCUCCAUCCGAAUUCCGAUAAAAACGUAUGUGAUAAAAUUUUGUGAAAAUAAAAAACCGUUAAAUAAAAAUAAAAAAACCUUAUAAAGAAGUAUUCUAAUAUUGUAAUUUAAGACACUAUUACAUAUAUAAACACUAAGGCAUUAUAAAUAAAAAAUAAAAUACAUUAAUAUGAAUAUUUUUACAGCAAUGCUUUGAAUGUUAAAAUUUAUUACAUUAAAAUGAUAUACAAUCGGUCAUUCACGAUGUAUACAUGUAUAUACGAUGCUAUUCUUACUUUUUGUUAUAAUGUACUAAAUUGUAGUAUUCUUUUUCUUUACUUUAGAACCCUUGUGACCAUAAUAAACCUGGUAGAAAUAAUACAAAUAUGAAUAAUAUAUAAUCUAAAAGAAACUUAAAUAAAUGAACUAUUGCCGAAUGGGGUAAAUAAAACUAAAAAUUAAACGUAAUACCAAAAGCUAAGCUAAUUUGUUUCUGAACGAAUACAAUACUCGAAUAAAUUAUUGAAAAAAUGUUUAACAUGCCCAAAUAUUUUAUUUUAUUAUUUAAAUAGAAAUAAUUAAGUUUUAGUGUAAAGUUGAUAUUGUUACGAAUACCGUCAUUAAUACAUUACAUUAACUAUAUAUAUAUAUAUAUAUAUAGACAAAAUAUAAUUUGCCCAAUUACAAUAGUUCAUAGUAAACAUUUUUUUUUUAUAUUAAUGCAUCAUUUGACGAGCAUGUUCAUAGACUGCUUAAAUUUUUAUUAAAAAUGUAUUCAGUUAUCAAAUCGAAUGUAUUCGGGCGUUAUCUGUUAGCACAAAUCAGAAAGAGUAUUGAGUAAAAUUCAAACUUAUUUUGCGUUGUGUAAUACUUUAGAUUAAGCAACAAUUGUAAUAAGCCAACUUAAGCCAACAAUUUACAAUAAUAAAGUGUUUGCAAAGGA